ACCAGUGCACGCUUACCUUUGGUGUAGAAGGCAAGUCAAAGAAAGGCUGUGUAAAAAACAUAAAUAAAAGCGAUCAAACACUUGUCUUGUUUUAGGCUAACUUCACCGUUCAUUCAACUAAUAUAUUUGCGCUGUAUUGGUUCUUACGUCGUUUACAUUCCGAGAGCAGUUAGUCAGUGAAAGCUUGUUCACCAUUUCUGACGUACGUUUAAGAUGUGGUUGACAGUACUCGUGGUAAUAUUGAUUAUCGUUAUUUUACUGUACUUGGACACACUAAAGCCUAAAAAAUUUCCUCCUGGUCCAAAAUGGUUACCAAUCGUUGGAAGCGCUCUAGAAGUUAACAAAAUUCGAGAAAACACCAAGUAUCUUUAUAAAAGUUUUAAGGAGCUAUCCAAGCUGUAUAGUAAAGAUGGACACUUGCUUGGUCUAAAAAUUGGAAAAGAUCGUAUAGUAAUGGUAAACACCGUGGAAGCGAAUAAAGAAAUGCUUUAUAACGAAGACAUUGAUGGACGGCCAAAAGGGAUAUUCUAUCAAACCAGAACGUGGGGUGAGAGAAAAGGCGUUCUAUUGACCGAUGGUGAACUUUGGAAAGAACAAAGAAAAUUUCUUAUUAAACAUCUCAAGGAAUUUGGCUUUGGAAGAAAAGGUAUGAGUGAAAUAGCAUUCUCUGAAGCUGGUCAUAUGGUUAACGAUAUUUUGGAAAUUUUGGACAAUAAAGACAAUGCUAUACUUCCAAUGCACAAUUUCUUUAGCACUUAUAUUUUGAACACCUUAUGGACAAUGAUGGCUGGCAUUAGAUACAAGCCAAGUGAUCCUCGGAUGGUACUGUUACAAGCUAUUUUAUUUGAACUAUUCUCAGCAAUCGAUAUGGUUGGGUGUCCUUUCAGUCAUUUUCCUGUACUAUCCAUCAUAGCCCCGAAGUCGUCGGGGUACACGGACUUUGUGAGUAUACAUAAAAGAAUUUGGCAAUUUCUACGUGAUGAGAUAGCUGUGCAUAAAAUGAGAUUUGACCCUAAUAAAGAAGACAAAGAUUUUAUGGAUGUUUAUGUGAGGGCACUGAGGGAAUACGGCGAGGUUAACACGUAUUCGGAAGGACAAUUAGUUGCGACCUGCCUCGACAUGUUUAUGGCCGGGACGGAAACGACAAAUAAAAGUAUGAGUUUUGCUUUUAGCUACCUAGUAAGAGAACAAGAAGUUCAGAAAAAAGCACAAGAAGAAAUAGAUAGAGUUGUUGGGAAUCGACAGCCUUGCCUUGAUGAUCGACCAAACAUGCCCUACAACGAAGCAUUGGUACAUGAAUGCAUCCGUCAUUUUAUGGGCAGGACGUUUGGAGUACCGCAUCGUGCUUUACGAAAUACGACAUUAGCAGGAUACAACAUACCUCAAGAUACGAUGGUUGUUAGCAAUUUUCCAAAUAUACUAAUGGACGAAGUUCUAUUUCCCGAACCUUAUAGUUUUAAUCCAGACCGGUUUAUUAUUAAUGGCAAGCUUUGUCUUCCUGACUUCUUCUUUCCCUUUGGCCUAUCGAAGCAUCGGUGCAUGGGCGAUGUUCUAGCAAAAUGCAAUAUAUUCGUGCUGACAACGACUAUUUUGCAAAGUUUCUCAUUAUUACCUGCACCAGGGGAACCUUUGCCAUCUCUGGAACAUGUCGAUGGAGCUACAGCAUCUGCCGCGCCAUUUAACGCUCUUGUGGUACGCAGAAAAACUGAGUGAAUUUGUGAUACUCCUGAU